CGUUCUAUCAAUGUUAUCAGUUAACUUAUCACAUUUAGAUAGCUGCAAAAACGGGGCUUAAUGUAGGCAAUAUUAAAUACGGACACAAAAAAAUUUUUCCUGCGAAGAUCCAUUCGUUUUUUCUAUGGGUUUAAUCGACUGCGUAUAGACAGACCCUGAAUUCACAGAGCUGCGAUUGGACGGUUCCAUUGUGGUUAGGUUAGGGCACUAUAUUACAGUGCCUUAGUUAGGUUAGGUCUAGUGAUACGAGUAUUUUCAUGAAAUUUAUAUCAUUAUCAUAUUUGAGUAGAAGGUGCUUAAAUUGUUAUAACGAAUAAAUGGAUAUCGCGUUUCGAGUAUACUUUGUGUAGUAAUUAUAGUAUUUUAAUUAUCCGUACUUAAUAUUUCUUAAAUAUUUUUGAAUUCCUAUUGGCGUAUUCAAUUUCGUCUUGUUAUGUAAUAUUUGUAUUUUCUUAAAAUGUUUUUUUUAUAUGCGAUACAAAUUAAACAUUUAGAGUCUCCCGCCUUACCUUCAUUGUCAUGAUGCACCGAGUGGAAUUAUAAUGUUUCUCAAAAUAUGAUGAAUAAUUGAAAAUAAAUAUGAUAAUCAUUUGAUUUUUCUUAUAUAAAUGAGUUGAUUCGUUUCUCUUACGGUUUGAUUUUUAGAUAGUUUUGUUCACGAUAUGCCUCCCCAAACUUUAAAAAGGCAAGCUGAAGAUGUUAGUUUUCGUAACGAUGAUUUAGUGGACGAUGUAUAUAAUAAUGAGAAAUGGGGUAGUAAAAAGUCAAGAUUUCAUUAUACUAGUUCUUUACAAUCUGAAUCUAAUUUAUUUAAAAAUAUUAAUGAUUCAGAUCAGGCUGAAAGUGGUCACAGCUUUCAAUCAACAAUUGAAGUAGUAGAAAAACUUGAUUUUUCCUCUGAUUCAAGCUGUGAAAAUGAUAGUAAUACGGAUUACAGCUGUCAAAGUUGUUCUAGUCACUCAGAUAUUACUGAUUUUGAGGUUUCAAAAAAUGUUGUAUUGCUUUCUAAUGAUAAUGGAUACUUACCUGAGGAUAGUAUAGAUAUUAAAUUAUCUACUCCAGAAACAAAAGUGUUAUAUCCUUGCUUUAAAACCUGCUUGAUGUGCAAAAAAAAUAACACAAAUCCAUUUUUUCAAUUCUGCAAUAAAUGUUUCAGAUACCGUAUGCAAUUAUUUGAGAGUUAUCCAGAUCCUCAACCAAAAAGCAUUAAACGCUUAAAUAUUAUGGUCAACCACGCAAAAGAAAGUAAUGUACAUAAAGCAUCAUCUACAUCAAAUUCUCAAGGAUCAGGUUCAUUUGGUAUAUCUGAUUUAUGUCUAUCCCAAGAAACUGAUAAGUCUGAAAAUUUUGUGAAUGUUUGUAAUAUUUGUUUCAUUAGAACUAAAGACGGACUUUUCAACCACGGGAAAACUUCACAUAUGUACUCGUGUUAUUCGUGUGCCAAAUUAAUAUGGGGUAGAACUGGGAAAUGUCCCAUAUGUAAUGUUAAAAUUAAGAGUGUUACCAAAAUAUUUAACGAAAGUUUUUAAUUUAAUAAACAAUUUAUUGUUAUUA